CGCCCGUCAAUCAAACGUUCUCAAACCUCAGGACGCGGAAGUCACGAAAGGUUGCAGUUCCUUCAUGUAAAAAAGAAAAUGGGCUUGGAUGUUCGCUGUCUUCUUUAGGGCGUCUGUUUGCAUAGUUUAUGCCCGUCUGGAAGCACUCGACCAAGUGUCCGCGUAGGAAAGUUGCGAAGUGUUGAACGACUGCGGUGACAGCGAGCGCUCCGUGUUAAGGUCACAACGACCGCAUCCUGACUUGCUCUCAUUCCGCCCGCCCUCGCCGACUUCCAGCACAACAUCUUACUUCCUAGGCCGGAGAACACUGCGAAUCCCACCAUCCCACAGAAAGUUGGCCUCACAGAAGAUCAAGGCAGUGGAAGCUUUGAGAAAAUAAUCCUGCAAUGUCGAACUUCUGGGUUUAUUUCGUGCUUUUUGUAUCUGGAUUCCUUGAGAGUCUCUGCAAUAAUGCAACAAACACCUCCAAUGCUAGAUUACUGCUUGUGUCUUUUGAUGGGUUCAGAGCCGAUUACCUUGAACGUUAUGCAUUUCCUAAUCUUCAGAAGAUGAUCUCUGAUGGAGCCCUUGUCAAGCAUGUGAAAAAUGUGUUUGUUACCAAAACCUUCCCAAAUCACUAUUCCAUUGUCACAGGACGUUAUGCAGAAAGUCAUGGUAUUGUAGACAAUAGCAUGUAUGACGCAGCCACCAAUAAGACAUUUUCAACCUUUUCAGAUAAAGAUAAAUUUUGGUGGAAUGAGGCCACUCCAAUAUGGGUAACUAAUCAGCGACAAGGUCACAAGAGUGGUGGAGCAAUGUGGCCUGGUACUGAUGUGCCUAUACAAAAUACAACCCCAUCCUAUUACUUGAACUAUAACCACAGUGUUCCAUUCAGAACGAGAGUUGAUCACAUUAUAGAAUGGUUUUCCAAUUCUCCAGACCCCAUGAAUUUUGGUACAUUAUACUGGGAGGAGCCUGAUUCCACUGGACAUCGUCAUGGACCCGACAGUGAAGAAAUAAACAAAACAUUGAAGAAAGUGGAUGAUAACAUUGGCUAUUUAAUGGAUCAACUUCAAAAAUUUGGACUGUCGAACAUAGUCAAUUUAAUUAUCACCAGUGAUCAUGGGAUGGCACAGUGUUCUGAGAAGAAAGUUAUACGACUGGAUAAUUGCAUUGGACGUGAUAAUUACACUCGGAUAACCUAUUCUCCAGUGACAGCUAUAUUGCCCAUUGAAAAUGUACAUUACGUAUACACGUUGCUGUCAAAAUGUGAUAAACACAUGAAGGUUUAUUUGAAAGAAGAUAUCCCAGACCGUUUUCAUUACAAGCACAAUACGAGAAUUCAACCCAUUCUUCUUGUUGCCGAUGAAGGAUGGACAAUUGUUCAGAAUGGAUCAAUCCCAAGUUUGGGUGAUCAUGGUUAUGACAAUGCUUUACCGAGUAUGCAACCCCUUCUGGUAGCUUAUGGACCAGUAUUUCGAAAGGCUUAUAAAACCGACUCGAUCAACAGCGUUGAUGUCUACCCACUGAUGUGCCAUAUCCUAGGACUGAAGGAAGAGCCCAACAAUGGAACUUUCAGAAAUGUGCGAUGCAUGAUGGCCAGUGAGUCCUGUGUGGGCCUGCCUGACGUGAUUGGAAUUGUGAUUGGCUCCUUAAUGAUAUUGAUUACACUGUCCUGCCUUAUAAUAUUACUGAAGAAACGAGCAUCAUCACCUCAUCGUGCAUUUGCACGUCUUCAGUUACAGGAUGACGAUGAUGAUGAUCCUUUGAUAGAUUAAUUUCAAGACUGUGAAGAGCUAUGAUGGUCAGUGAAAUAUUUUUCAUUGACAAAAGCCAAUGUGAUUUACUCCGCCUCACAAGUUUAAAAACCAACUGCUGUCGUACCAAAAUAAAUGUAUCCCAAAUAUGAGACAACUUUGCAGGGAAUAAUAAGUACAGAUCCUAUAAAAUCAAGUAAGAUUAAGUAAUUUCACCAGGCAAUGUACUUGAUUACUUCAUGGCAAAAUAUGCUUGGUAAUGGCAAUUAUCAGUCGAAGUUGAAUUAACUUAUCAGAGCUGUAGGUAUGUUCAGACAGGUCAUUUUAUUUCAAAAUGAUACUGAGGGAAUGUUGAAAGGAAAAAAGUGAAAUGUUACAUUUAUGAUAGUUGCUUUAGCUGGAACAUUUUCAGAAGUUAUGGUUUGCUCCUGUGUACUAAUUCAUUUAGUUUUAAACUUAUUAUCCAUCUGUAUUUAAAAUAUUGAAUUUUGCUACAAUCGGUGAAUCUGCAGAACUAUAGAAGUUGCUUGACUCUAAAGAUAAGCAAACACGUUAGUUAUUUAAAGCCGAUUUGAAGCUAGUUUUUGUAUGGGGAAAGUUGGGUUAUAGUUUUAUAUUAUCAAAAAUACAUCACUGAAAAAUGCAGUAAAUGUAAUUAAGAUUUUUAUACAAAUUGGCUAUUAUAAAAACUAUGCAAUUGAACAGCCAGUUGUUAACUAACUUUGUUUGUUACUGUAAUCAUCAGUGGUUGUGUGUUUGAGGAUAAUGCAGUUAAUAUUUGCAUUGCAACUUAAUACAAAUUUAUUUUAAGUCCAUGGUGGUGUUCCAUGAAGCUAAGGUAGCAAUAAAAUGCAAGCAUUAUCUGUUAUAUGAAUGUUGAGGUAUUAUGGCAGUGUUUAAAAUUCUGACGACUAAAUGAGCUAGAUUGCACUAGACUUGCCCAUGUUUCACUCUCCAUUGUCACAACUAUUAUUUGCAAACUUGUGGAUCAAAUGGAACUAGAGGCCUUCCUAGAACAGCCACCCCAUAAAUUGCUCCACUAGCUUUGAUCAAAGCUGUGAUCCCAAGAGCACAUCCAUAAAGCUGGCCAGCCCGUGACAGUUCACGAUAAUCAGUAACAUUUAAAGACAGUUUAAAUACAUUUUAAGAGCAAAUGUUAUUAUUAAAUGCUUUUCAAAAAAAGAUAUUUCAGUUACCAAAAAACCCAAAUUACUUAACAUUCUGCUGGACACACCAAUUAGAGCUGACAUAAAGCCAGCUAGACAGAUAAGGAAUGUAUUCAGACCCCUUACCUCAGCUUUGCUAACCUGUCCUCAAAGUCAAUGCUGAAUUCAGCAGCUGAGCAGGAGAUAAGAUGUGCCAGAAACUGAUCUCCAACAGAUUCUAUUUAUACACAACAGCGCAAAGAUAGAAAAAUCAGGAAUACACUAACCUGUGCCACAUGACAAGCUAACUAUGCUUGUUAAAAUUGCUGGCUGACAAGCAGCACUCUUUGGAUAAUUAACAGACCUCUGAAACAAAUGGGGAUUCCCAUAAAGCUACUUGUGCUCAAAGAUGUGUUUGAUGCUGCCGCACUGCAGUUACAAACACAGACAUGAUAUAUCACUUAUUCUACAGAGGUAGGCUACCAAAGGAAAUCACUGCUUAAUCUGAAAGUUGAGAUGGAUUGGAUUUGGAGAUGUACCUCAUCGCUGAGAAUCCAUGGUCAAGCUUAAGCUUGAAAAAUAUCCCUUUUUAGAAAAAAACGUUUAAGAAAGUGUGUUUAUUUAAGAUUUAUUUGAAAAGCUAUAUAAAAAUAAAGUAGUUAAAAAAUAGAUGCAGAGAGAACAGGGGUGAGAUAACAAUUAAUGUAAUUAAAAUUGGGUUCAAUCUAUUCAUUUCCCCUGGCAUUCAUGGAACACAUCUCUCCCCUGCCCUUCAGAACAAAAUUCUGCACAAUGUGAGCAAACUACAUCAGAAAUAGAUCAGCAUAUCGACACGUUACUUUCAAUACUCAUCAAAAUUGUCGGUAAAAUGAGCAACUUCUUUAUUGCUGUUAUAGGCAACAGCUGUUGUUUAGAAUUCUUCAGAUUAUCUUAAGGCACUGAAAGAAAAAAAACUUUAAUAUUUUUAAUUUUGGCAAUAGGUGUUAAAUAAUGUAAUGGUAUAGGAACUGAUUAAAAAAAAAAAAAAACUUUAACCACUAAGUCUGUUUCCCAUUUUACCUUUGUUGUUAAAGCUGAAGAUGCCUGUGUCUAAUUGAAUUUAAGGUUUCAAGCUUAAAUGGACUGCUGCAAUUACUAGUGGCAAUUCUAAAACUACUGAUAGGUGAACUGUAAAUAUUUUUUCCAUAUACUAUAUGUCCACUUUGUAUCUCAGAUGUAUAAAAGAUUUAUGAAACAAAAGGUGAAAGAAAUGCAUUCAGGAAUUGUCACUCUUAUGCCUCGUGUAUUUGGAUUCUGAAGAGCGAAUAAUAAAUAUUUUACUUACCAAUGUUUCAUGGAUAC